AUGUCAAAACAAUCAAUCUUUUUAAUUUUAUUAUUAAAUAUUCUAUCUUGCUCUUUGGUACAGAGUGGUGAUUGUAUUCAGCAAUUGGCAAAAUAUAUGGAUUUUGAAGAUCAUACAAUACAGAUGACAGCUGUCAUGAAAACAGGUCAAGUUUAUUACACUCGUCAAAGGAUCACUGGAUAUCCAAUUGGGACUUCCCCAAAUUUAAAUUUCAUAACAAACAUCGAUAAUUUCCCGGUGAGGAGUGCCGAUGACAAUAAGUGUGUUAAUGGUGGAACUUCUCAGCCAUUUACCAAACCUAUCACCAGUUGCUAUGAAAGUUGUUUUAGAAUCUAUCCAUACGGCAAAUUCGUAUUUCACCCAGUAUGGAUUCUUCCAGGUGACUCUGGCUACGUCUUCAAUUUGACUUGCACUCCCAAUUCCUCUGUGAUGUAUGGUCAAUCACAAGUUCACACAUCAUCGACAUUUUUGUCAAUCUUAAUAGUUGAGAUAAAUUGA